UUCAGUCUUCCUCGUUGGAUGUUCUUUUCUUCUGAUCAAUCAUUCUUUCUAUGAGAUCUUCAUUAACUGUAGUCUGUAUCUGAUCAGUAAUAUUUGGACUGCUCUGAUCAUUUUGGUCUUUUCUUCUUCACCAUAUAAGAUAUAUAGAGCUGAAAUUUCCAUGGAUGAAACUAGAUGUCGUGGCUCAAUCGAUGAUCCAAGAACUUGCCCUCGAGGCCACUGGAGGCCUGCAGAAGACGAAAAACUCCGACAGCUCGUCGAAAAAUAUGGCCCUCAAAAUUGGAAUUCCAUUGCUGAAAAACUCCAAGGAAGAUCAGGGAAGAGUUGCAGAUUGAGAUGGUUUAACCAACUUGAUCCAAGAAUAAAUCGGCGGCCGUUCUCGGAGGAAGAGGAAGAAAGGCUCCUUGCAGCUCAUAGAAUACAUGGAAACAAAUGGGCUUUAAUUUCAAGGCUUUUUCCUGGUAGAACUGAUAAUGCUGUUAAAAACCAUUGGCAUGUGAUUAUGGCUAGAAAGCAAAGAGAAAAAUCAAAGCUUUCUGGCAAGAUUAUUAGAGCCCAUAAUCAAGAUCAUGAUGCUAAUCCUCCCACUAAUUACAUUUUCCGGCAAAGGAAUUCAAGGCUUCAAGAGGAGUAUGGAUCCAAAAUCAGCUUUCAAAAUGGUGGGAUUAAUUUCGAAGAUUCUCAAAGCCAAAGCAAGGACAAAAUCUUCGCUUUGUCUGCCUUCUCUGGCUGGCCUAAUAGUUUGCCACCUUAUAACUCUUCUGAUCCAUGUGGAAGAAGGAAAAGAGGUUAUAAUCAUCAAAGCAAUUUCUCCAUAUUUAGCCCCUAUCAUGACUCGAUUGAGGCCAGAAUUGGUAAGACCGCGGUUUCAAACAUCUUCAAUUAUUCGUCACGUGGUGGGGAGGGGUCGUACCAAUUUGGCAAGACGCGGACGAGUGUAGAUGGUUUGCUUGAGGAGAAAUCCAUCGAGAGGAAAGAUGUCCCGUUCAUAGAUUUUCUUGGUGUGGGAAUCUCUUCUUGAUCGAUAUUUAUGUUAUGAGCUUGAUUAGGGUUUGUUGGAUCGAGGAAUUUUAUGGCGGCAAAAUCGACAUUAAUUAGGGUUACAAAAAGUUGUGUGGUUUGCAUGGAUAUGCAUUUUGGUGUGGUGUAGAUUGGAAGAUCUAAGGUAUAGGUGAUGUAUGAGUAUAACUGACUAUGAUGAGUGGGUUAGGGUUGCACACAAAAUCUUGUUAUGUUUAGCAAUGAAUUAAUUAGUGUAGUGAUAAUGGUAGGGUUUGAGUUAUGUUAGUAGUUACGACAUAUUUUGGAUGAUUUUAGAUUGUAUGAUUAUAUCAAGCCUAUGGAUCUAUGGGGUUUUGUGUAUUGUUUUCACUUGGUUUGAGUUUUAAUUAUAUUUUGAAGGACUGAGGAACUUAGUUAUACUCUCUA